AUGAGGACGCUCCACACAACACCAAGGUCCAAGGGUGGGGCUCCGGAGCUCAGGCCCGGACCCUCCCCUGUGAAGAUGCAGCAAGACAGGGUCCUGGGGUCACAGCAGACCUCAGAGCCGGACCAUGGGUCACAGCAGACCUCAGAGCCGGACCAUGGGUCACAGCAGGACCCCUCUGUUACUUUGGAGAAGAUCCAGUCCAUGUACAAGUGUGGGCAGCAGGAGUCGGCACAGGAGCUGGUGCGACAGGCGUGUGAUCAGGAGCCGCGCAUCGAUGGGGUGGAUCUGCUGUGUCUGGCUGCGCAGUAUGAGGACAAUGAGAGCGUCCGGUACCUGCUGAAGGAGGCCCAAGUGUCCGUGCCCUGGGAGCCCACAGAGAGGCACCCUGCUAUGGUUGCAGCACACUACGGACAUGUUGCUCUGGUCAGGCAGCUGCUGGACUCUGUGCCCCAAGCUUUUGAGGCUAAGAAGAAGCUGCUGCUGCGCACCCUGCUGACCACAGCCUGUCAAAGAGGACACCUGGAGCUGGUCAAGAUGCUUGUGGAUCUGUACAAUGUGAACGUCAAGGACUGUGACAUCUACAGUCAGGAGUUCCCUCAGAUCACAGAGCUUCCCCUGUACGCUGCAGCUAAUGCUGGGAACAAGGACAUUGCAAGUUUUUUAUUGAAGAAUGGAGCCGGCUUCACAUCGUACGUCCUGAUCGACCAUCCAGACUUCUGCAAAGAGAUCAUCCAACAGAGGGUCCUCGGGAACACCCACAAGGAUCAAGAUCAGAACGUAUGUGUCGGCUGGAGCGGGCUGCAGCUGCCUUGGUUAGAACUCACCUGGUUCAUGGAGCUCUCAUCUCGGAUCACUCACCUCGAGCUGUCGUCCAAUCAGCUCACAUGCCUGCCCUCCAUCGUGCCCUGGGGCCUGGUGCAUCUGCAGAGGCUGGAGCUGCAGGAUAACCUUCUGAAUGACAUCCCACAGGUUCUCAGUUCUCAUGAGGUUCUUUGCACUAGUUUGCGAGAGGUGAACAUUGGACGGAACCGGCUGACGUCACUGCCCUGGGGUCUGCUUCAUCUCACACAUCUGCAGCGGCUGUGGGCUUCAAGGAACCAGAUGUCUGUUCUCUUCCAAUUGCACAAUGAUGUGAACUGGAUGGGUCUAAGGCGGCUGGAGGAACUGGACGUGUCGGAGAACAGCCUGAGCAGUCUGCCUGCAAACAUCAUGCACUGUCUCAAGUCCCUGAGGAGCCUCAACGCCUGCAAGAACCAGCUGAAGGAGCUGCCUGAGCCCUGGGGUUGUCCAAUGAAGCAGUGCAGAGUCUCCAAUAACAUGCUUGAGAGACUUCCAGAAGGUAUCUCAGCUCAGUGGAGGAAGCACCUGCAGGAGCUGGAUUUCUGCAAUAAUAAACUCACAAAGCUGCCGGGGUAUCUGUUUGAACUGGAGGCGCUGGUGUCGCUGCGUCUGGGAGGUAACCAGCUGAAUGCACUGCCUUCCACCAUUGAGUGGAGGUGCACCCAGCUCCGGACUCUGGACCUGUCCCGCAACCUGCUCGGAAAAAGUGAGGAUGUGGUCAAAACGAAGAGACUGGGGUUCCUGUCAACAUGGACCAAGAGAGACCAUGAGGCUGUGCCUUCAGUUACAUUCCCUCCCAUGCUCCGAGACUGUCUGGAGGUGCUGUACUUGAACGAUAAUCAUCUGGAGGCCGUCCCACCAUCAGUCUGUGGUCUGAACAACCUCAGUGAGCUCUACCUCUACAAUAACUCAGCGAUCACAGAGCUGCCUGUGGAACUCGGACAGUUGUCCAACCUAUGGCAGCUGGACAUCGAAAACCUCAACAUCACCAACGUCCCCCAGAACAUCCAGAAAGAAGGUACAUUCUCAAUUCUGUCCUUCUUGCGAGCUCACCUCCGUAAGGCUGCGCCCUGUCACCUGCUAAAGAUGAUUGUGAUCGGACCCCCGCGGCAGGGCAAGACCACCCUGCUGGAGGCUCUGCAGACCGGCCGCGCCCCCCAGCGAACUCCGACCUCCUGUGGCAUUGACACAUGGUCCUGGCUCCUGGACAGACCCAGCGCAGGCAAGGGCAAUAAGGACUUUGUGGACUUUAAUGUGUGGGACAUCGGAGGAACAUCCAAUAUGUCAACAGUGAAUCACUGCUUCUUCACCAACAAGGCCCUGUACCUAGUGGUAUGGAACCUGGCUCUGGGGGAGGAGGCUGUGGUCAACCUACAGACGUGGCUGCUCAGCAUAGAGGCUCGUGCCCCAAACUCGGCAGUGGUGGUGGUCGGGACACACUUGGACCUUAUUGACGCACAGUUCCGCACAGAGAGGAUGGCCACGCUCAGGGCCUAUGUCCUGGCCCUGUGCAGGUCUCCUUCUGGGGCGAGAGCUAUGGGCUUCCCAGACAUCACCUGCAAAAACAUCCAUGAGGUCUCCUGUAAGACUCUGGAGGGAGUGGACGAGCUCAGGAAGCUGCUGUUCCAUGUGGCAGUCUCCAUGAAGGACAGCAGCAGAGGGGGAUGCAAGCUGAUUGGACGGCUGAUCCCCCAGAGCUACAUACGAGUGAAGGAUGCCGUGAUCGUGGAGAAGGUGAGGAGGAGGUCUGAAGGCCAGGUCCAGUACCUCACAGACGCCCAGCUGGAGAGCUUGGUGCUGCAGAGCCCAGAGAGCGACCUCUGCGAGUAUGAAGACCUGCCCACUGCUAUCGGGUUCCUGAUCGACACAGGGACUCUUCUGCACUUCCCCGACACCAGCCACGGCCUGUGCACGCUGUACUUCUUGUGUCCGCUGUGGCUGUCUGAGUGCCUGGAGCGCAUUCUGGACCUGAAAUCUACACGUGCAGCCAUCAAGAACGGAGUGAUCAACAUCGGGGACCUGCGGGAGCUGCUGGUGGGGACGGGCUUCACUCCGGAGACAGAGGAGCAGUAUUUUCAGUUCUUGGCUAAAUUUGAGAUUGCGCUUCCUGUUGGCAAAAAUGGGUACCUAUUGCCCCACCUUCUCCCGCCCAAACCAGUCCUGGACAUCCACUCUCUGCAGCAGGUCACCACCAACACGCUACAGCGCCUCUUCAAGAUGAGCUUUGUUCCCGCUGGAUUCUGGGAGCGUUUCAUCGCCCGCAUGUUAAUCAGCCUCAGAGAGAUGGACCUGCAGAGAGAGAGCUCCAGAAGCAGGGCCUCGGUCAUGUAUAGCUCCGCAGGAGCUUUGCACAGGAGCCGCUGCAGCACCUUCAGAGUGCAGCGCAGACGGACUAUCUACUGGAGGGAGGGGCUGCUAGUCGCCUUCCACGGAGGACAUCUCAGUGUGGAGUCGGCUGAGCUGGACUGGAAGAGGAAGAAGAGUGGAGGGAUUCGGAUCACCUGCCAGUCCGAGACCAGGGACUUCUCUGCCAUGGCCUUCAUCACAGAUCAUGUCAACUCUCUGCUCGAACAGUGGUUUCCCGCUUUGACCGGCACAGAGAGCGAUGGCAGCCUGCUGAUGGAGCAGUACGCCCCCUGUCCCCUGUGUCCGCCUGGCACAGAGCCGCAGGGACAUUACUUCAGCAUGGAGGACUGUGUGUUAGCGGCUGUAGACAGUGACAGUAUUGUGUGUCCUCAGCAUCCAGAGCGCCCCGUCCUCCUUCAAGAGCUGGUCCCUGAAUUCUUCAUGACAGAUUUCCCAUCACGACUGUUCUUGCAGACGUCGGAGUUGGAGUACACUGAGGAGGAGAGCAGUUUCCUGGGGCAGGGGGGCAGUGGGACGACCAUACUGCGCGCUCUGUACCGCUCUCAGUCUGUGGCGCUUAAGAUGUUCAACUUCAGAAAAUUCAGCCGGGAACGCACCUCCAACACUGGCACCAUGAUGAGACACCUGCAGUCGGCCGACGCUUGCCGGAGCUUCUCAGAAUUCCGUCAGGAGGCGUCAAUGCUCCGCGCCCUGCACCACCCCUGCAUUGUGUCCCUCCUGGGGAUCAGCAUCCACCCUCUGUGCUUCGCCCUGGAGCUGGCCCCACUGGGCAGCCUCAACACGGUGCUGGAGGAGAGCAACAAGAGAUCUGGUGUGAAGUUCAUUCCUCUGGGCCACAUGCUGACGUUCAAAAUGUCGUACCAGAUCGCAGCUGGACUGGCCUAUCUGCACCGCAAGAACAUUAUUUUCUGUGACCUGAAGUCCGACAACAUCCUGGUGUGGUCCCUGGAGGUGCAGGAGCCGGUGAACGUGAAGCUGUCCGAUUACGGCAUCUCGCGACAUUCGUUCCGUGAGGGGGCCCUCGGCGUGGAAGGGACCCCCGGGUAUCAGGCCCCAGAGAUCCGCCCAGGCAUCGUCUAUGAUGAGAAGGUGGACAUGUUCUCCUACGGCAUGGUCCUGUACGAGCUUCUGUCUGGGCAAAGGCCCGCUCUGGGGAACCACCAGCUGCAGAUCUCUAAGAAACUGUCCAAAGGCUGCCGCCCCGCCCUGGGACGAGCGGAGGAGGUGCAAUUCUUCUGUCUGCAGAGCCUCCUGACACGUUGCUGGGACACCAAGCCAGAGAGGAGGCCCAGGGCGGCGCAGUGUGUGCAGGAGAUGCGGGAGCCGUCCUUCCCCUGUCUGAAGUAUGUGCUCUCCUGUGGGGCCCACUCACAGCUCUUCCUAUCCCCUCUGCAGGGGCCCUCUGCUGUCUUCUGGGACGACCUCAAAGACAAACGGAACUACAGUGUGGUGAAUGUGGACACAGGCCUGGUGGAAGUGAAGAGGAUGCUGUGCCCUGGAGACGCCAUCAGCUGUCUGCUCAAAGUGGGAAACACUUUGUGGAUGGCCACCCAGGAACAGGAAGUGUUGAUCUUCAGCCUGAAGGACAUGUGUCCGCUGAGCCUUCCCCAGAAACACUUCUCGUCUCCGGCUGUCAUCAGUUGCUUCCUCCAUCUGCCGCCCACUCAGCAGAGCCUGGGUCGUGUGGUGGCUGGGAUGUCGGACGGCCUGGUGGCGGUCUACAGUCUCCUCAAUGACCUCCCACUGGACGGAGAGACGUACCUGUGCUCCCACUCCAUCAACAAGGCCCUGGGCGUGAGCGAGUCGGACCUGCGGCAGAAGGCCUACCCCGUGAGAGCCAUGGUCCUGCUGGGAUCGGACCGAGAGCUGUGGUACUCCAACGGGCCGGGCGUCCUGGUCGUCGACUGUCUCAGACUACAGCCAAUCAGGAGACUGGAGCCCUACAGCCCGCCCUCCUCCGUCGUAUCCAUGGCGACCAGCUUCUGUCUGUGGGGACAGGAGGCCGUGUGGGUCCUGGACGACGUGACCAACACUGUGCUGCUGUACGACGCGGCAUCGUACCAGCUCUGCGCCAAGUACUGUUGUGGGGAAAGAAAUCCGCUGCAAGAUGUUUUCCCGGUUCAGCACCCCUCCUGUGUGGCCAUCGCUGAGGCUGCUGAACACAGUGACCUCAGCGCUGAGAGGAGGCAGACUGUGGGGAUGACGUACAUGUGCAGCCCACACGCUGGAGCCCAGUACAUCCAGGACUCAGUGACAUCUGAAGCGUCUCUCAUGGAAGAGGGGGACACUAAACAGGCCUGCAGCUCUCCGUCCAGCACAGAGGCCAGUCUGCGACACAGUCCUCACUUCUGCUCCCAGGACUCUGACAGCAGGUGUGAGGGGCAGCAGUGUGAGGACGCAGGCCUCAGCAGCUCUGAGCUCCAGGCUGUGGCUGUGCUGAGUGCGAGAGAUACUCUGUGGAUCCCGAGGUGUGGGGGGGAUGUGCUGGUGCUCGAGCUUCAGCUGCAGAAGCAGUGCGGCUGUGUCACCGCUGUGCUGUGUCCACCAGGGGGAGCUGCUCUUGGGCGUCUGCAGCAGGCCUCGGUGCUGGACCAGGACACAGUGCUGUGUGCCCACAGAGAUGGCUCUCACUGGACUCUGUGUGUGUGGAGGGCCUGGGGCCCUCAGCUGCAGCUCUUCUACAACGGCUGCAAGCAGCUUUUUGAGCUGGAGAGAAGUCUGAACUCUAAAGACCAGAUAACAAGCUUUAUGUGUACACCCAAUCACACGAGCACUCAGGUUGACGCAUGA